UUGAAACGAACUUGGUCUUAACCAGAACAGCAAUUUCGUGAAGUACUAAUUGAAGAAAAGGAGUAGAUUCUUGGUUAAAAGUACCUGAAAUCUGUGUGCAAUUUCAGAGAUCUCCUUUUCUUGAAUCUGAGACACCGGAGGCGGCCUGCGAUCUGAAGCAUAAAAGGAGUAGCUUUUGCACUAGUUAUGAGUCAAAUACGAUGAAUAUUUCAAAUCUAAGAGAAUCGGACUAUGAAACGAAGCAAGAAGGUGGUAACGAUGGCGGAAACAAGAUCAAUAUCGUCCCUAAACCUAACUUAACCACAUCUUCUUGGUCUAGAUUGAAAGACCCUAGAAUCGUUCGUGUUUCUAGAGCCUUUGGUGGGAAAGACCGGCAUAGUAAAGUUUGUACGGUUAGAGGGUUAAGAGACCGGCGAGUUAGGCUUUCGGUUCCUACUGCUAUCCAAUUGUAUGAUCUUCAAGACCGGUUAGGGCUAAACCAACCGAGUAAAGUCGUUGAUUGGUUGCUUGAUGCAGCUAAACACGAAAUCGAUGAACUCCCACCUCUUCAAAUCCCACCAGGAAGCUUUGGUCCUGGUCUGCAAGCAAUGCUAAAUGCAUCUUCACAAUCUGAAAGAAUGGAAGGGGUGAAAACUAGUAAUUCUAGUGGUCUCAAUUGGGAGGAUUACUGGAACCCCGAUAAAUCUAAAGUGAUCGCGAGAGAAACGAACGAAGAUCACGAUCAAGAAGAUUCUAGAAACAAACAUGAUGAUCAUCAUCACCAUCAUGGUACAUUUGUUCAAUCUAGUAAUUUCUUUGAAAGAAACCCUAAUUCGUCAUCUUUACCAGGUUUGUUAAACAAUGUUGUCCCAAACAAUUCUUUUCUCAAAUGGGAUCCUUCGAAUUUGUCGUUAUCACAAUUUGGGAGCUACGGGUCGGUCGGAAAUCAUCAUCAAGAUCAUGAUACAGUUCAUAACUUCAAUAUGAAUGUGUCCUCCAUUAAUCAUCCAUCAUCUCAGCUUCUUCUAUAUCCUCCACCCCCAGCGCCACCGCCGCGGCCUCAAACCCAGUCGUAUUUCCCGUCACACGAUCAUAAUUCCGGUGAGUUUGAUCCAAAACAACAACUAAAUUUCCAAAUGCUGAGUUCUUCAUCAACUUCUUCACAUAACCCUUUGUCUUCAAGUUCUAAUUUCACACCAUCUCUUUAUACAAUAAACCAAGAGAUGCGACCAUUUCAUUUGAGCAUGAACCCGAAGUUUUUCUCUUCAGACGACAAUGGCGGACAUGAUGAAUCAAACAAAUGA